CAUCGCCAAUAAAUUCCUUUACGAAUCUUUUCUCUAUGGCAACAUUUCGUGUAUUAACAGGUGUCGUUUGUUAUGUUUACUGAGCUGCUGACACGAUUUUUUCUCUCGAUGAUGGCGGGUAUUUGAAAACUGCAGUAUUAAUAAAUUCGUUAUUGCAGACGAUAUGGCUCAAAAGAGUUUGUGUGUCACUUAUUUUCUUUGGUUAGUUGGGGGAGUUUUUGGACUCCAUCAUUUUUAUUUAGGAAGAGACUUUCAAGCGUUAAUUUGGUGGAUGUUUUGCGGUGGUUACUUUGGUGCCGGAUUGCUUAGAGACUUAUGGCGAAUUCCUGAAUAUGUUCGAGAUGCCAAUAAUGACCCGUCGUAUUUGGAACAAUUGGCUGAAAAAAUGCGUGCUUCCCAAAUACCUAAUAAUAGUUACGUUAGAAAUUUCGGUCAGUUUAUUGUUUCUGAUGCGUUUGGUCAUUUAAUGUAUGGCGCGAUUCCUUUUGAAUUAAUUCCUGAAUAUUUGCAUCAAUACGUUAUCCUAUUAACUGUCCCAUUAGCUGUUUCAAUUGGUGUAUACCUUGUUGGUAAUGUUGGACGUCAUGAAGGAGAACUUUUAGCUGCUACUAAAGGAGCUUACUUAACAAUUCCAGUCUAUUUUAUAAUUGAUCUUCCUAUUGGCUUAACAUCAUUUGCGUCAUGUUUUUAUUUUAAUACAUUUUCGAAACGGUGGCGAAGAACUCCUCCACCAAAGCAAGCUGUUUGGCGACGCCUAAGGUUUCUUUCUAUUUGUGGACUUAUCUAUUUGUCAUUAUGGGGUUCCUGGUUUUACUUCAAUUGUUCUGUGACCAAAGAUCAAGAGCAAGUGAAAUGCAGGGAUGCUGCAAAGCAUUUCUUCAAAAGUCCAAUAUGUCAAGAGUUUAUAUAUGUUAUGACAGAGAUAUGGAGAUGUUUACAUGAACAAGGCUGGAGAGAAGUAUGGAGAAUAACUAUUGCUGCACUUGAUCCUACUGGAGAAACAAAUGCAUUGAGGGUACUUGGUCUUAAAUCUACUGUUACUCAACAAGAAAUCACUUUACAAUACCGAAAGCUCUCACGAACAUGGCAUCCUGACAAGCACCAGGACCCAGUGCAAAAACAGAUUGCAGAAGAGAAAUUUAUCGAAAUUCAACAAGCAUAUGAGAUUUUAUCAAAAAUCAAAUCACAGCGAGUUGCUCAAAAUGUGAAAGAUCCUCAACAUGAUUCUGAAAAAAUUGAAUUAUAGAAGAUAUAUUUAAAGUUUAUAUUAUUAAAUCAUUUUAUUUGUUAAACAUUAGGAUAUAAUGUUAAAUAUUUGCCUUAACUAGAUCUCAUGUUUUCUCAUUAGCGUUUAUUUUCUAUUACCUAGAUACUCCAAAUCAUCAAUACUAAAUUCUAUUUCUUUUGCAAUUUGAUCUAUCCUUGUAAUUACCACAAAAUGCUGGUCAUUUAGUUGGGUUUUUUUAUUUUUAUUUAUAUCUGUAGAAUAAGACAAAAAUUUUGUUUUUAGUUUGCUGGUUUGACAGUUGUAUGUUGAGUACUCACACACAAAAAAUUAUUUUUUUAAUUUUGUGACAUGACUAAGUGUAAAGAAAAAGGUAAUUAAUUAAAAAGCACCUUCCCACUUUUUUGAUUAUACAUAUUUUUAAUAUCUUGCUUGUUAAAAUGGCUUAUUUUUAAGAUUUUAAUCUAAUUCUUUUCCUAUUAGAAUGCACUGUGAUCGCAGCUUUUAAAUUGUCACUCAUUCUAAAAAAUGUUGAAAUAUUUUUAUGUCUAUUAUCAAUCAGUUUGUAAAGUAAACUAUAAUAAAUUUGGCAGCAAGAAAUAUAAAACCCUUUCUAAAUUGACCACCUGUAAAUAUUUUCAAUGCACCAUACCAAAUAACUUAUUUGACAAUAAGUUAUUGUUUAAAACUUAUAACCAAAUAACUUAUUGAUUAAUUUUUUAAUGACAUAGGCAUACUGUAAAAAUAACCAGGUUUUUGGCCAAUAUAGUGUUAAAAUGACCAAGAUUGUGUUAAAUGACUGAUAUUGUGUUAAAUGAUUUAUGUUGUACAAAUUUAGAUGUUAAAAAACACAAUUUCAUCGAUUAGUGUUUUGAAGCAAUGGCCUGAAAAUUUACAACUGUUAUAUACCCAAUCAUUCUGACCCCGAAGUCCAGGACUUUGUCCUCAUAAUGAUUAUGUUUAGUGUUUAAAAAAUAAGCAUGCAUUUUCUUGUUUAGUUAUUGAAUUUGGGUUUAACAUUGAAAAGGCUCAUUUUUUUUUUGCUGUGCCCAUUUUCUUAAGCAUGCAAUUUGAACUCUGUCCAUUUUUUAAACAUGUGUUUUGAGCUAUUUCCUUCUUAAUACACAUGUUUCAAGCUUUGUUCAUUUUUUUUAAACAAGCUUUUUGAGUUGUAUUCAGAAUAAAAAGCGUAUUGAUGAUGUGUUAUCAAAUUGUUAUUUUCAUUCAUUAUUGUGAGCUGUGCUGUUGCCUUGAUAAAAGUAAUUUUAAGAAAGGAAAAGAGAGAAAAAAAAUGCAGAUUACUUCAUAUUAAUAUAAAAUUGAAAUCAAACCUAGAAUGGGGAAAAAAUAUGCAUUUAUCAAAACCUGUUAAACUUUUCUUCUUUUUCUCUGUAUUUUAAGUCUUAUAAAACUAAUAUGAAAGAAUAACUAAAGUAAUAGUGAGUUGAUGGUCAUUGUAAUCAGAUCUACAUAGUUUUGUUGUGUAGUUUCAAUUAAGUCAUGACUUACAUUUUUAAGAUAUAUAUAUCAGCAUGUCUUUAAAUGCAUUUCUUUUGAGUUUCUUUAUGUGAUUUAUUUUGUGAUAAUUUUAAAAUUUUUUUUAUUCUUAUUGAUUAAUCAAUAUUGCAUACAUGCCAUCUUCUAUUUUUACAAAAGAUUUUUCUUUAAUUACUUUAUUUUUCAUUUAAUAAAUUUUACAUCGAAGGAUUUUGAUCACAUCCCAGUAGCAAAACUUAGGAGCGAAUCUGCAUCAAUGUCUUCAUAAAUUCAAUUUUGUGCGCGACCCAGUAAGUUAGAGGUUAUUAUUAUAGUAAAAGUUCAUCUUAAUCUAGCAUACAUAUAGUGAAAUUUGCAAAUAUAAUUUCCUUAAAAUUAUACAUAAAAACCUUGUUGUUUAAAUUUAAUUUUAUACUGUGUAUAAAUCUCUAUAUAGUCAAGUCAAUAAUCAAGUAACAGAAGAAAAAAAGUUUCUAUACCUUGUUCAUUCAGUUCAGCUUUUUUUUUUAAAACUUUUUAUUCAAAACAAGUUUAAAGAUGUUUUAAAAAGGAAUGUAUAUGCAAUUCCCUUCUUUGCAAUUUGCUUUUUAAAAAUAAUAAGAAAACUUAGAGAGAAGAUUAUCUGCAAUGUUUGCUACCAUGCUGGAGGGCUUCUAUAUGUAAAUAAUUUUAAACGAAUAUAUUAGACCUGAUAAAUCAUGCCGUAACACUUAUAGGUAAUGGUAAACCUUUAUUGUUUGUUUGCUAUCACUUUAAAUAUUGGGGGAAGCUAACACACUUCCAGGUUGGUAUUUAUUGUAUUGUUGUUUUAUGGUUCUUUUAUUUGAUAGUAUUAUUAAAAAGUUUAUUUUAUUUUUAUUGUCCUUUUUUUUAAUAGUUUCAUUUUUUUAAAUAGGUAUAUUAUUUCAUUAAUUAUAUAUUUGAUUAAUUAUACGUAUAAUUUGUUAUUAGUCGUCAUUUCUUUAUUUAUGUGUAUUUUAUUCUUAAAAAUAUUUAGUUGGUUAAAUAUAACAACUAUUAUAUUUAACUAUUUUGUUAUGUUAUUAAAAAGCUUUUUUUUUUUACAGAUAGCACCAUUCCAUUUAGUAUGUUCCUCAUAUUUGUGAUUUAAUAAAUUUUAUAUAACAUCCUUUAAAUUUUAUAACAUCCUAUAUAAAUUCUGAUAAUUUGUUCUUAAAAUAUGACUUAUUUGAUUAAAUAUCCUACUUGGUUAAAAAUAUAAUUUCCUUCGAAGAGUUAUUUUCUGUUGUAAACUUGGUUGACUCCAACAUUCAAUUUAAUUUAGACACUGAAAUUAAUUUUACUUAACCUUUUUUAGAUGUUCUUGUUACUAUAUACCCUGAUCAUUUUCCACCUCUGUUUAUCGUAAACAUUUUGCCAUCUUUUUGCCUCCUUAUGUUUAUUCUAAUCAUCCUAAAUGUCAGAAAAUUUCUGUAUUUCAUACUUUCGUUUUCUGUGUACUAAACCUUUGCUCCAAUUCUUUGUCUUGAAACCCCAAACUUAACUUUCUCAGCUCGUUUGCUAACCUUCUGCAGUUUAUUUCUUUCCUUCUAUAGUUGAUUCAGCUCUUGCUAAACUCACUUGACCCAACUGUCCCUCUUCUAAUCCUUAUAGAGAACUUGUUACUUUACCAUUGUUUCUCCCUUUUUGGUUUUAAAGUUACAAAAUUAAAUUUGAGUCUCAUAAUAAUCAUAUAAGUUUUUAAAAUCCCUGGGGCGUUUACCACAUUCCUUGUCUGUGUGACCUUGGAUAGAUCAGACAAAUUAGACAUUCUUUAAAAUUUAUACUCAAGGAACACGGUAGAUAUGUCCGUUAUCAAGAAUAUGAGAAAUCAUCCUCUGCAGCACAUUGUUGGAAUCUUGGGCAUAAAUUCAAUUUCAACAAUGCCAAAACUAUUUCCACCUUAGUCACAUCAGCUCAUCUUGAUGACCUGUUAAUUUCCCUGUUAACCUUCGUUCCAUGCCGUCUCUCCAUAGCGCACGGAAGUGUAUUUUACCCUGAUUGGCCCCUCUCAUCCAUUGUGGUUUUUCUUGUUGUGUGUUGCCUUUUUUUCUGUCUGUGCUACUGUGGUUUUCCUAGUUCUGUUUCUCACCUUUAUUUUUUCAUUGGCAACUCUGCAUUUUAUAUUUUAAAUCAUUUUUGUUUCUCAUUCCCGUCUGACAAGUCUUGAAAAUAGGCUUCUGUUUUUGAACACUUGAAACAUGUUGAUUGUUAUUUCCAAUUUGUAUUUUUUUAAAUAAAUAAAAUUUUUAAUCAAGUGCUAA